AUGCAACCCUCCUCUUCUUUGGAGAAGAACUCCACGGAGCCGAGCUUGUGGAUGAACAGCUCUGAGGCAAACUUCUCGCGGGGGGGAUGCGACUACGACGGGGGGGAGCAGCGGCAAGGGUGGGAGGUAGCCAAGGAGGAGGACGGCGAGCAGCACCCCUUUCUUACUGAUGCCUGGCUGGUGCCCCUCUUCUUCUCCCUCAUCAUGCUAGUGGGCUUGGUGGGCAACUCUUUGGUUAUUUACGUCAUCUCCAAGCACAGGCAGAUGAGGACGGCCACCAACUUUUACAUAGCAAAUCUGGCUGCGACUGACAUCAUCUUCCUGGUGUGCUGCGUUCCCUUCACGGCCACCCUCUACCCUCUCCCCGGUUGGAUUUUUGGCAACUUCAUGUGCAAAUUUGUGGCCUUCCUGCAACAGGUGACCGUCCAAGCAACCUGCAUCACUCUGACUGCAAUGAGCGGCGACCGUUGCUACAUCACGGUCUACCCUUUGAAAUCCCUCCACCACCGCACACCCAGGGUGGCCAAGAUUGUCAGCCUCUGCAUUUGGAUCGGCUCUCUCAUCCUCUCCACGCCGAUCCUCAUGUACCAGCGCAUCGAGGAGGGGUACUGGUAUGGUCCUAGGCAGUACUGCAUGGAAAGGUUCCCCUCCAAGACUCACGAGAGGGCUUUCAUCCUAUAUCAGUUCAUCGCCGCCUACCUGUUGCCCGUUCUUACCAUUUCCUUCUGCUAUGGUAUGAUGGUGAAGAGGGUCGGCCAACCUACCGUGGAGCCGGUAGACAACAACUACCAGGUCAAGCUCCUGUCUGAGAGAACCAUCAGAAUCAGAAGCAAGGUCUCCAAGAUGGUGGUAGUUAUUGUCCUGCUUUUUGCUCUGUGCUGGGGUCCCAUCCAGAUCUUUGUCCUUUUUCAGUCCUUCUACCCCAACUUCCGUGCUACAUAUGCCACAUACAAGAUCAAGACGUGGGCAAACUGCAUGUCUUACGCCAACUCCUCAGUCAACCCAAUUGUUUAUGGCUUCAUGGGCGCCAGCUUUCAGAAGUCCUUCUGGAAGACCUUUCCCUUCCUGUACAGGCACAAGGUCAGGGACAGCAGCAUGGCAUCAAGGACGGCCAACGCCGAGAUCAAGUUUGUCGCGGCGGAGGAAGGCAACAACAAUAACGAUGCUAAUUGAGGGAAUGUGAGAAGGGGAGAGAGGUAAUGGAACAACUGGCGUCUUUCCAAAUGAGAGAACAGCUUUGAAAGCCAAAUGAAACCAUGUUAUUAAAUCAAAGGACACUGGAAUCAUUUGCACAUUUUGUUUUCCUGCCAAGUUUGGCAUUGCUGGCACAUCUCAAACUCCAGUUAGCAACUUAGCGGUGUUUCACAGUUGACGUUUUGUCAUUAAGGAGAUACUGAAAAGCUGACAGCCAGCCAUUUGGAUACUUAGACCAAAUUCAAGCAUUUUACCCUUUUCCGGUCAAGUGAGUGACUGUAUUGUGCAACGUGUUGAGUCAUUUUUUAUGCCCUGUUCAGAAAACAGUCAGAUAUGACAACUGUGAGUGUUUCAAUGUUUACGCUUGUAAAGCCUUCAAAUUUGUCAACACCGAAGUCGGCCGAAAGCUAAGUUUUGUCCUUUUUCUUUAAAGAGACAGAGAUGGGACUUGAGCGCCAACUCAGUGUAAAAUUACACAAACAAGUACAUUUUAUGUGAGCUGCCUAAUACUGAAAAUGUAUUUUUAAACAAGCUGCUCAACUGUGAUGUCACAGUAGAGCUAAUUUAAGCACUCAUGUUUUCUUCAACCAUUCCUUGGCAGCUACCCGGGUAAAGAGCUGCCAUUUUCUUUUUCUUGCAAGCGACGAACGAGCUGGUGAGCUGCGGAUAAGUACUUUUAAUGUGAAAGCCAAAACGUUAGAGCUACAGUGUUGUAUGACUUCAUGAUUUUACACGAUAGCAGUCGAUACAAACCGACCUACAUUUGUAAGUCGGUACCAGAACGGGAGUGAGUGCUCUUAUUUACACGAACAAAGGCAGCACUUCAAAGCAAGAUGCUCUUGCUGUUCACAGCGAUGUUUCUCAAAUAAACUGAGCCAUAGCACAUACAGUGUGUGGAAUGGAUAAGAUCAGAUCAGAUCUUUUUUCAUCACACAAGGCAGAAAAUUGUAGAGAAAUAUGAUGACUGACAAAGUGCCCAGAGCGUUGAAAACUCAUGCAACAUUAAAAGCCAUUCAAAGUUAAUCAAAGCCAUUUAAAGAGUUUGCUAUUCAAAGUGACUACAUAUGCCAUAUUAUCGUGUACAUCUGCUCCAUAAAAUCUUACCUUCACAAUAAUAACAAAGCUUAGUUAUGGGAAAUAUUUAUUGAACAAAUGUGUUUUUUUCUUUGACUGUUGUUGUACAGUUAUGCUCAAUGUUAUUGGUAAUAUCCACACUGACGCUUUGUCAAUUUUCUGGCACAUGUCCAGAGGUUCAAAUAUAUUUACCAUUGUACAUACAAUAAAGAUGUGGUUGUGUUCUGUGAUUUUAUCUUUUAGAAUGUUUUAUAGAUUUGGUACCUUUUACCUUUUUACAAAGUCCCUGAGAAAUAGGCUCAUCCUUUUUCAAACUUUAGGGUACGAUUAGGGUGCAUUUGUGGGUAGACUGCUUUUGGAGCUUUUACUGUUAAAACAGUUCCUCUAGGACGCUUGUGGGUGAGCAAAAUAGUGCCUAAGUAGUACAAUUUUAGUAAAUUAAU